AUGGCUGAAACGGCGUAUACAAUUAUCCAGGCGGAUGGACUCUACUCUGAUGAUGCUGUCGAGCAAGAGAUCUUGCGCUCAAAUCUUCCGGGGCCUUGCACGAUCAAUUACCUUCAAUUGGACCUUUUCCCCACAGGUGCCCCAUCACCUAAGCCAUGGUCCGCAGUCCCUGAAGACCUAAGACAAAAGGUCGACGGAAUUCUGACGCUCAAGAUGCGUUUCACAGCGGAAGACCUAGCCCUAUUUCCGCAGCUCAAGGUCAUCGUUAGGAUGGGAGUUGGUUACGAUCGUUUGGACCGCGUUGCUCUGGCCAAGCGAGGAGUAACGGUGUGCAACGUUCCUGACUACGGGACAUCCGAAAUUGCAGAUCAUGCCCUGGGCUUGGCCCUAUCACUUCGCCGCGGUAUUCUGCUCCACCAUGACCUCCAGCGUGAGCCCCAUGUCAAGCCCUGGAUGGUAGUCGAUACCCCCCUAGUGGCACGGUUACAAGGUGCCACUUUUGGUGUCCUCGGAUUGGGUCGUAUAGGUACAGCUGCAGCUCUUCGGGCAAAGGCAUUUGGUUGGCGAGUCAUAUUCUACGAUCCCUAUGUCCCAAAUGGAUUCGACAAAACCUACAAUAUCGAGCGUGUUAAGGACAUCAAAGAGCUCUUUCGCCGCAGCACUACCCUGAGCAUCCACUGCUCUUGCACACAUGAAACCCGCGAAAUGAUCGGGUGGGACCUGUUGAGUUUGAUGCCGAAGGGCUCAAUCUUGGUGAACACAAGCCGUGGAGAGGUUUUGAGGCUGAAUGCCGUUGAAAGAUCCCUGAGGGAGGGGAUCCUAUCAGGCGCUGGCUUGGAUGUCUUGCCCGAAGAGCCAAUCCCUGAAGACAGGGUGCACCCGCUUAUCCGCGCUUACCGGAAGAAUGAGGAUUGGUUGACCGGACGGUUGGUGUUGACCUGCCAUACUGCCUUCUACAGCCCCGAAGGCUUUGACGAAAUCAGAGUCAAGAGUAUUGAGACCAUGAGGGACGUGUUGAUUGAUGGAGGCCAAAGCAACGUGAUCACUCUGGACAUGGCCUAG